AUGCAUGAAAACUUCCUGGAUGAGAUAAUGCACCUCAAUGGACGUGGGUCCAAGGGCAUUACUUGUUUGUGUGGUGGAGUACUGCCUCAAUUCUGGUGCUAUGACUGUCAUGGCACUCAAAUGUUCUGUCAUGAAUGCACACUUCUUAACCAUGUGUAUCAUCCUUUGCAUAGGAUUGAGCUCAGUGUUCGAGUACAACUUGGCCAUAACCCAGGAGAAAGGUGCUACAACCCUCAUCCUUCUGCUGGUGAUGAUUUCAUGGUCAUUAGGCUUGAUGGCAUCCACGAAAUUGCACUGGACUUCUGUGGCUGUGCCUCAGCUCAGGUUCAGUACAGGCAACUACUAUGUAUGUGGUGGUAUCCAGCAACCAUCUCAGAGCCUCGAACUGCAGCAACCUUCAUGGUUCUGCAGCAUUUUCAUAUUUUAUCUUUCAAGAGCAAGGUGUCCGCUUACAAGUUCUACCAUUCACUUGCCAGGCAUACUGACAAUUCUGGGUUAGUAGCAAUCAGGGAUCAGUAUUCUGCUUUCAUGCGGAUGAUACGCCAAUGGGGUAACCUCAAACAACUUGCCCGUGGAGGAAGGGGACAUGACCCUGCCGGCAUUAAUGCUACAGCCAAAGGCGAAUUAGCUGUUCUAUGCCCCAUGUGUCCACAACCCAGCAAGAAUCUUCCCCCAGAUUGGGAGAAGGAGCCGCUGUUUAUCAGAUGGAAAUAUGCAUUGUUUGUUGCGAUUGAUGCUAACUUCAGGCUCAAGCACAAGGCAGUAUCAUCUGAUGCUGCUGACCCUAGCCUCAAUGCUGGAUGGGCGUAUUUUGUGCAGGAGGGUGCAUACAAGUCUUACCUUGCAGAUUGGCUUGCUGCAACAGGUGUCAGGACAAUCAACUGUGCAAGACAUGACACGAAGCUUCCCAAUGGUGUUGGAGACCUUCAGAAAGGGGAAUGGUACAUCAACAUGGACUAUAUCAUGUGCUCUGCACUCCUCAUCUUUGCAAUGUCUAUGAUCAACAUUUCAUAUGACAUUGCCUGCCAGUGGCACAAGAGACUUUGGACUUGGAUGGAAACCAUGCCAGAUCGGCUUUCCACCCCUCAUGAAUCCCCCCUUAUAUGA